UGGACCUCAUCGUCCGUUCCAUUUUUUUUGUUUGUAACUGAUUUCUUGCAUUUCAUUCGUGGCGUCUUCUGGACUUUGUUUUGCCUUUGAUCAGUCAAUUCAUGCUAAUUAGUGAUCCUUCAGAUUUCAUUCCAUUCUUUUCAUUUCCGACCCUUUACUCGAUUAGGCUUGCCUUUGUUUUUUUCCUCCUCCUUGAAUCAGCAAUCAGUUGUAUUGUUAAUUUUUUGGUAGGGGUUCUGUUGUUUUUCAGGUAGAAGUAUGGGAAGGCUAUUCUUGACCAAUCUGGAAGGAAACCACUACAGUUGCAAGCACUGUCAUGCCCAUCUUGCUCUUACUGAUGACCUCAUCUCCAGGUCUUUUCACUCCAAACAUGGGAAGGCUUAUCUCUUUGACAAGGCUGUGAAUGUGACCAUUGGCGAGAAAGAAGAGCGGAUGAUGAUGACUGGGAUGCACACUGUGGUUGACAUAUUCUGUGUGGGUUGUGGCUCGCUUGUUGGGUGGAAAUAUGAAUCUGCUUUUGAAAAGAGCCAAAAGUACAAGGAAGGAAAAUAUAUCCUUGAAAGGUUUAAGGUGUUGGGUCCUGAUGGAAGUCCCUAUGUCUUCAGCCAAGAUGGUCAGUUUUUGGAAAGUGAUACAGAUGAUGGUUGAUUUAGUUGCAAGCUUUUCUAGUUAGCAUCCUGACAUCUUAAAGAUGACUCCUAAAUAUCAUCAUAGCAUCUUGAAAAAUCAAGUAGACUAUAUUCAACCGUACAUAUUCUGCCUUCUUUUACUGCAGUUUUGCGUCUAGUGCUCAAUGUAACCAGCAGACGUUAAAUCAUUGUUCUCAUUUUUUUCCAUUUCUAGUUGAAUUUGUAAUUGAAAAAUUGAUGGUUGCUAUAGCAGUCUUUGCAACUGCCCAAUACCAUUGAAAGUUUCUAUUGGUGGGAAAGCCUGCUGAGAAA